CAUGUUCGACACAAGUAUAAAUUAUUGUAUUUGAUGAUAUCAAAAGAGGUGAAGUCCUAUCAACAAUGAUGCUCAGAAGAUACCGGGUGUCAGUCAUUUUUCACAGGCGCGUUACACGUGGGUGUUAUCACGGAUGGUCGGAAGGGAAAAUUGACGUUUGGUCGCCGUUGUUAUUGGUUCUACGACGACGUACGAUAAGAACCACUGGGAAAAUGUAAACGUAUGGACAUUCAACGUCUGUCUGACUCGACUCGGUGUUCAGUGUCGUCAGUUCGAUCCGGUCAGUGGGCCAUUCAGCAUGAACAACGAGCGCAAGAAUGAAGGGUCCGUUUACUCAAUCGGAAGCCAGAAUCAUUUGGUGCCGAUAAGAUCCAGGAAAACCUUUUUCAAGAAGAAAAGUCAGAUUUCCAAUCUGUGGCUGAUAAUUUUGUUCGUUCUGGUGGGUGCCUUGUCCAUAACAGUUGUGAUACUCGCUGUACUUUAUGCGUGUAAAAAUAUGAUGAAGAUAUGUGAUAGCGAGGAUUGCGUGCGAAUAGCUGCUAGUUUGAAGGAAUCUAUGAACGAGUCUGUAGAUCCUUGCGAUAAUUUUUAUCAAUAUGCGUGCGGUAGAUGGCCGCAAGAACAUCCUAUUCCGGAUUCCAGCCUGAUGAAUUCCUGGUUCAGCGAGCGCAGUAAUCGCAUGUACAGAAAAAUCAGAGAUCUACUAUUAGUCAAUAUGUCUGCAAGUGAGGUACCGUGGGCAGUAAUGCAGGCCAAGACUCUGUUUAGCAGCUGUAUGGACGUGAAUACCGUAAAUGAACUCGAUUUAUCUCCAAUGUUCGACUUGUUGAAGUUAUUAAAUUUACCCACGAUACCAUUUGUUACCAAUAAAACAAUCAAUUAUAUCGAACAACUUGCCAGCGUAAAGAAAAUUUUGGAUCUUGACAUUUUCUUUGGCUUUGAAGUCAUACCUAAUCCAAAAAACAAGAGUAAGAACAUACUCUAUCUCCAUCUUCCGAUUCGUUCCAAUCCUUUUCUCAACGAUAAAGAAUUGGAGAAACGAUUACAAACCAUCAGAUCGCGAUUGCGAAAAUUAGAUGAGUUAGAUGACGAAGCCGUGUUGAGUGAGAACGAAGAUGCCGAAUUAACCUAUAUGAUUGAUGUUAUUAAAUACAUUAUUAACAAUGGCACUGAUAAUAAAUGCACCUCAGACGACGAAUUGAUGAUUGAAGAUGAAGUACUAAAAGAAUUUGUUAAAGGAAUUUACAAUAUUAGCAAUCUUUUUUAUAACAUGGCUCGUGCAGAUCAAAAUCAGAGUAUUUCCGAGGAAAGCUUGAGCGAUAGUGAUUAUAUGCUGGUAGAUGAUCUACAAAAAUUGACAGAUAAUUAUAUAAUAGAUAGUAAUUUAUCUCUUACGCUUACACCGAUUUGGCGGCCUUUUAUUGAAUCUAUUUUUGAGGGAAUAGAUAAGUUGGAUCUUGACAACAAAGAUAAAAUUCUAAUUGGUAAUCUAGAGUAUUUGAAAGAUGUUGCAUUAUUAUUAACUUGUUUCGAGGAAGAAAUCCUAGAAAGCUACAUUUGGUGGACAGUUGUGGAUAUUGUAGUGCCCCAUGCUUCCGAAAGACUCAGGGAUAUUUGGAACAAAUACGUUAGCAAGGUAACAGACGUGGAAGUUGUAGGCGAAUCAAAAUCGUUAUUCUGUGGAUCAGUUGUCAAUAAAUUAAUGGAUCUAUCGGAAACAAGAUACUUAGCAAAUAUGGUACAAAUUGUUCAAGUGCAAUUGAACAACACGUGGACAAUCCUGCACGACGAAAAUAUAUUCAACGAGUCAUAUUGGGCAACUGAUCCUACUGAUGUAAACGCAUUUCACACCUUCCAACUUAAUCAUAUAACCAUACCUGCUGGAAUUCUUCAAUUCCCAUUUUAUGAAUUGGGUCUUGAAGCUUUAAAUUAUGGCGCCAUCGGCGCAAUACUUGGACAUGAAUUAACUCAUGGAUUCGACACUAGUGGUCGGCUUUACGAUGGCGAUGGAAAUCUCCGGCAAUGGUGGACCAAUGAAACCAUUUCAGAAUACUCGAACAGAACUCAGUGCUUCAUAAAUCACUAUAAUACUUAUUACGAAGUCGAGGUUGACGAUUACAUCGAUGGCGAACUGACCUUGGGAGAAAACAUCGCCGAUAAUGGUGGUCUUCGCGAGGCCAUCGUCGCUUACAAGAGGUGGAAGGCUCGGCACGGUUAUGAGCCUUUACUUCCGGGAUUCACAGAAUUUACGCACGAACAGUUACUUUUUCUUUCUUUUGCGCACUUGUGGUGCGAGUCUUAUACUGCUACAUCACUAAAGUGGAUGAUGGAAGAUUCUCAUUGUCCCAAUCAUGUGAGACUUCAAGCUGUACUGAAAAAUUCCAAAGAAUUUAGUACUGCAUGGAAUUGUCCAGCAGGAUCGACCAUGAAUCCGUCGAAAAAGUGUCGUUUGUGGUAAAACUUGCGUCUUCGACAAAAACAAUAUUUGUUAUUUAAUAUCGUUGAUUAAUCAAAUGUUUAUCAUUUAUCAGGCCAGUAGGUUCGCGUGCAAAACAAUAAUAAUCUAUUGUUAAUUGAAAUAAUUAAUUU